UGUUUUUGAAGACAAUCCUUCAUAGUAUCAACUGUAAUUUUACGUUCGGUGGCUGAAUGCGAUACAAUAGUGCAUAAUUCGAGAUAUUUUAGUCCGAAUUGAACGCCUUUUUUCCGAGAUGGAUCCGGAACAAAUGACUGAGACUGUUUCGUUACUCCGGAAAUCUUUCGACGAAGGGCUUACCAUACCAUUGCAAUUUCGUCGUGAUCAGUUGAAAGCGUUGGAGAAAUGCUUGAGGGAAAACGAACGGGCAUUUGUUGAAGCUCUGGGAAAGGACCUCCGCAAAAAUCCUGGCGAAGCAAAGCUGUCGGAAGUUGACUUAUGUGUGAACGCAAUCAAAACGGCUAUGCUGGAAUUGAAUUCAUGGACGUCACCUACACACGUUUCAAAGAGCAUGCUCACAUUAUUCGACACCUUGUAUCAUUACCCUCAACCCUACGGCCUCGUUUUGAUCAUCGGUCCUUGGAAUUUUCCUAUUUCGCUGAGUCUGCUUCCGCUGAUUGGCGCAAUCGCAGCUGGAAAUUGUGUGAUUGUGAAACCAUCCGAAGUAUCUCCGGCUACAUCGGAAGCACUGACAAAAUAUUUGGCAUCUUAUCUGGACGAACGGUGUUUCCGUGUUAUACCAGGCGGUGUUCCGGAAACAACCUCGCUGCUAAAUUUGAAAUUUGACUACAUCUUCUUCACUGGAGCUGCUAAAAUUGGACGUAUUGUUUCCGCCGCGGCGUCGAAACAUUUAACCCCAACAACGCUGGAACUUGGAGGCAAAAGUCCAGUGUACCUCGAUGACAGUGUGAAUAUGGAUAUUGCUGCAAGAAGAAUUUGCUGGGGAAAAUUCACAAAUGCCGGCCAAAUUUGCAUCGCGCCCGAUUACGUGCUGUGUUCUAGAAAAACGUCCAAAAUUUUUAUCGAAGCUGUCCGCAAAGUCAUCAGGGAAUUCUAUGGAGAAGAUCCGAAGGCUUCGGAGAAUUUCGGGCGGAUAAUUAACGUGCAUCACCACAGGCGAUUGGUGAAACUUCUCUCUGCCGGAAACGGGAAAACUGUGAUUGGAGGUCAAUCGGACGAAUCGGAUUUGUUCAUUGCACCUACGGUAGUGACGAAAGUUGAUCCUUCGUCGGCGUUGAUGCAAGAAGAAUUAUUUGGCCCAAUCAUGCCCAUUGUUUACGUGGACUCGGCCAGAGCUGCUGUGGAUUUCAUAAAUGAGAAAUCCCGACCCUUGGCCUUGUACGUAUUCUCCAGCAAAAAGUCUGUGCAUAAGUUGUUCCGCGAGAAAACUUUCUCCGGCGCCCUGUCCAUCAAUGACACAGCGCUACACUUCGCGGUUGAAGAGUUACCAUUCGGAGGCGUUGGGGAGAGUGGAAUGGGAGCUUAUCGUGGGAAAUUCACGUUUGACACGUUCAGCCACCGAAGAGCUGUGCUUCAUAAGAAUUUCAACUUUUUCGGGGAAAAGGCGGGGAGUUUGCGAUAUCCUCCAAUGACGGAUUUGAAGGUCGGGGCGACAGCGACGCUUCUCAAGAAACGACGAGGCAUUCCUUUGCCCACGGCGAGUUCGUUGUUAGCUUUCGCCGCCGGCGUCGGUGUGGUUUUUCUAGUCCAGGCGUUAACAUCUGUAAGUUAAAAGGAGUCUUCGGUACAACAACGAAAAAAAAAAAAACGAAAAAAAAAAAAAAAUCUGGGCAUCCUAACGUGGAGAAAGCAAAUAUCGGUAUUUUACGCUGCUAUGUACAUAGGCGAAUCGGUUCUGGGCAUUUUGUUUUUUUUCUCGAUUUUUUUGGUUUUUCGUGGUGUUCAGGAAUAUCUCAGAGGGCUUAUUUUCUCGCGUGACAAAUUAUCAGGGGGACCCAAUGAAAGAAUAUCGCUGCAUGAGGAACUGUACAGCGACAAGGAAAGAUUUUUGGUCGGCAAAAAAAAUAUUGUUUCGAGAGCGAUUUCAUUGUUACAACCAUACCUAGUCAAUUUCACAUCGGGGAUGUGCCAUAUUCACGUUUGUCACUUUGCAAACAACCAUUGUUGAACUUCACGGAAUCAGUGACAAAAAUGUUGAAAUAGUGUUCAUAAAAAAAAUCUUCUUUCGAAGAAGACGGUAAUUCAGAAUCACUUCAGGGCGCAUAACUCCGAAACUAGUCCAGUGAAACUUCCUUGUGAAGUACAGUUGAGUGAUUCUCGAUGCGUUUUCGCUGAAAAAUUGGCGCCAAACGGGAAAAUUUCGUACUAGUCUAGUGUUUGGAUUGAUCAGAGUACAAUGUGCAAACGAAGCUACUUGAAUCUAUUUGACUUUACUGGUAACCAAACGGGGGAAAAAAAAAACCCAUGGAGGAAACCUCGUAGUUCGACGAUUACUGGGAAAAAUUCCGUUUAGGACCAGUUCCAUUUGUGUUUUUUCUAGAUUUCCCGUAACUCAAAUGCGAGGAAAUGCUUGAUUUUUUGGAUAUUCGUUGAAAUCUCCAAGUCCGCGAUUUUACUGCGUUUCACUGGUUUUCAAUUCGGGUUGUUUUAAAUUGUUUUAAUUGAUCACGGUCGAGAUCGAGAAUGACCUCUUCAUGCUGAUAUUCACAGUCUUCGCUGAAAUCUAACCCGUGGAUAUUCGCAAAAUGUUCGGAAGUUUUGCAUUGUAAAUUAAAUUUAUCCGAGUUAUGCUUCAGUUAAUCAAUUAACCGUUUCUAAUCUUUUGAGUUGCUGGUAAUAUAUAUUUUUUUUUAUAAUCAUAGAUGUUCAAUUUGCAAACAGUCGUGAGAAAUUCCUGGAGACGUUUCCCCUGAAAACAUGAUUGAUUUCCGUAAUCUGCAUUCUUGGACAUCUCAUAAGAUUGAAAAUUAUAUAAUGGGAUUAAGCCUCAAACUCGUGUUGGUGAAAUCCUUGAUUCCCGUCCAUUUAUAACGAUUGAUCAAAUUUUUCGUCCCGAUAAAAAUUGUGCGGCUUUUUCCAAUGUAAAUUUCCGAAGUGAUGAGGAUUUUUCAUUUUCAUUCCAACGAAGUUUGAGCUGAUUUUGAAGCAUUGAUGUGAAUUUCAAGGGAUCAAAGAAGGGCUUCGGAAUCCGAGGAUUGACGAUCAACUGGGGAAUCCCAGUGCUUGGAGGAAAAAUGUCUGUCCGACUCGGAUCCUCGUUCAAGUAAGGAAAAUCCAUACCGUGUUUUGUGAUAAAACUGUCGUUCGAUUCCGUAUAUUGUUGUGCCACUUUUUUGUUGUUGUCUUGAGAUUGUUGAAAUCAGUGACUCGCGUUUUCUGCCACAUUUUUUUUAAUCGUGGGGUUAUCCGUAUUAACAAGUAUUUUUCGCAGCAAUUCGGGUUGACUUUUUGUUCGUUGGGUUUCUAUCGUGCAUCACAAUGUGAAAAUUUUCAAGCAGCGUCUGAAAUGCACUGGAUUUAUCUCA